GUCGAUGAAGUCUACCUUUCUGCGUCGAUACACCCUUUCAGGGUCCUGUGCCUGUAUUUGACACGUACCCCAGUUUGAUAACCAAUGUAUCGGACCUGAAGUGUUUCAGUCGGUUUAAAACUGACAGAUCUUUUUAAACAUUAGUACAGACUGGUUUCAUAACCUGGAAGCAUGGAGGCAGGAGCGCGUGACGCGGCAGCAGGUGCUCCAUUCGUCCAACCAUCCAAUAAGAAGAGAAAGAUCAGUAAAGACAUCAAACAGUCCACCCCCGUCCCAUCAGAUCAGACCAGCACCAUGAAGCGUCUCUUUGGUUUUGAGAAGGAAGAUCUGUCCUCAUGGCAUCGACUGGUGUGUCUCCUGAAUCGCCCCACUGACCCGGCCUCACUCGGCAUUUUCCGUUUUUUAUUUGGUUUGUUAAUGGUGCUGGAUGUCACCCAGGAAAGAGGCCUCAGUCACCUGGACUACAAAUAUUUGGAUGGGGCACCCGUGUGCCGCUUCCCUCUUUUCAACUUCCUAAAGCCCCUUCCCAUGGACUGGAUGUUCUUUGUUUAUUUCAUUAUGUUCCUCGGCGCUGUUGGUAUCAUGCUUGGUGUUUUUUAUCGCUUUGCGUGUCUGAUGUUUAUAUCCUCUUACUGGUACGUGUUCUUCCUGGACAAAACGGCCUGGAACAACCACUCUUAUCUAUAUGGGCUUAUUAGCUUCCAGCUCACUCUCAUGGAUGCUAACAGAUACUGGUCAUUAGAUGGACUCCGAAAUCCCAGGAAGAGGAAUGCUCACGUACCCCUAUGGAACUACACUGUACUCAGAACUCAGAUUUUUAUAGUGUACUUCAUUGCCGGGGUCAAGAAACUGGAUGCUGAUUGGGUGGAAGGGUACUCGAUGAAAUACUUGGCACACCAUUGGUUAUUUGACCCAUUCAAAUUGAUUUUACCUGUGGAAUCGAUCAGUCUGAUGGUUGUCCAUGGUGGAGGUCUGAUCUUAGACCUCACAGCUGGGUAUCUCCUUUUCUUUGAUGCCACCCGCCCGGUCGCCUUUUUCUUUGUGAGCUAUUUCCACUGCAUGAACUCCCAACUCUUUAGCAUAGGAAUGUUUUCCUACACCAUGUUGUCUACGAGUGCUCUCUUCUGCUACCCUGAUUGGCCCAGGCGCUUCUUUGGCCGUUUCCCAGAAUUCCUGCAGCCUAUCCUGCCUUUUAUCUCUCCUCCGCCAUGCCCUAGUUCCUCUUGCGUGUACCCUAAUCCAGCCAGCGGGUCUAGAGAGCAAAAUGAGGGUCACGCUGUCUCCAAACCAUCCACACCUGGCUUCAAACACAAACUCGGGGCGAUCUUCACUAUCAUUUACAUCGCGGAGCAGUUCUUCCUUCCUUACUCACAUUUCAUCACACAGGGCUAUAAUAACUGGACCAAUGGACUGUAUGGUUACUCAUGGGACAUGAUGGUUCACUCUCGGUCACAUCAGCAUGUCAAGAUCACCUACAGAGACAGCGUCACAGGAGAGGUUGGAUACCUAAACCCUGGAGUUUUUACUCAGAGUCGGAGAUGGAAAGACCAUGGAGAUAUGUUGAAGCAGUACGCCACCUGCCUUAACCAAAAUCUGCCCCGUUUUAAUAUCUCAGACCCGGAGAUCUACUUUGACAUUUGGGUGUCUAUUAAUGAUCGCUUUCAACAAAGGAUAUUUGACCCACGUAUUGACAUCGUGAGAGCUGAUUGGUCGCCGUUUCGCCCCAAUCCAUGGCUCAUGCCGCUGCUUGUGGACCUCUCCCCGUGGAGGACUAAAUUUGAGGAGAUUGAGGGAUCUUUAGAUAAUCAGACCGAAGUGGUCUUCAUCGCUGACUUCCCAGGCCUUCAUCUUGAAAAUUAUGUAAGUGAAGAUUUGGGGAACACCAGCGUUCAGGUUUUGCAGGGUUUGGUGAAUGUUGAGAUUGUGGACGAGAAGAAGAACUACAGUUUACAACCAGGAGAAAAAAUGCAGCUUCCAGCUGGUGCAUAUCACAAGGUCUACACUGUAUCUGAUAAGCCAUCAUGUUACAUGUACAUCUACGUCAAUACUACUGAGGCGGCGCUGCAGGAAAACUUUACGAAGCUUUUGGAAAUUCAGGAAAAAGUGCGGAAUGGAACAGAGACCGAACCUUUACCUCUAGAGUUGCAGCCGCUCAUCACUGGCCUCGAUGACAACGACUCAAAUGACAGCGUGAUCGACCCCGUGGUGCGAAUCUUCCUGAAGCGCCAGAAACGCAUGCAGGCCGUGAAGAAAAGGCGAGAAGCUUCUUUGCUCGAGAGGUUCGAGAGAUUUGCCUCGAAGAAAUACUACUCGAUCAGACGAGGGUUCCUCAUGACAGCCAUUGCGUUGCGUAAUCUGGCAGUGGGUUUGCCACCGCUGGAGCAGCUGCAGAGGGAAGUGGCCUAUGCCAACCUGAAGGAACCCGAGGCAGAGACCAAUCAGGAUGAGCGUCUUAAAGAUGAGGUUGGGCACGGAGAACUGUAAGAUUGAGCGAAGGGCUGCCGGCCAAUUCACAUAUAUUACAGCAAAUGAACAAAUGCUUUAGUAGGUCAGUAUUUCAGAGCAGUGUCUGUGAAGAAGGUCAUUUAUUGUUUACAGGUUGAUCAAAGUUGUUUUUUUUAUUUCUAAGUUUUAAUCAUUUCACAUAGUAUCAUUCACUAAAACUGAUAGUUCACACAGGUUGUGCAAGUUGUUACAAACCUGUAUACAUUUUUUUGUUUUGCUGGACACAAAGGAUAAUAUAUGUAAUAUUUGUGAGGAGGAAACAGAAGCACCAUUGUCUUCCAUAGUAGAAAAUACAAAUACUAUGGAAGUCAAUGGUGCUUAAACGGUUUAGUUUCAAACAUUUCUAGAAAUAUUUUGUGUGUUCAGCAGAACAAAGAAAUUUAUACAGGUUUGUAACAACUUGAGGGUGAGUAAAGGAAGAGUUCAGUUCCACAACUAGAUAACGCCGUUUUUUUUCCAAAAUCUCAUUUUUUGAUGCAUUCCAAUUAAUAUCAAUCAAACUGCAGUUGGUUUGUUUUGAUUUAAGCCUUCAUAACUAAAAAAUACAGCCAAGUAGCACAAUAACAACAUGAUAACAUAAUAAUAAACAUGUUUUGACAAGAACCAAUUCUCUUGUUUUGGAACCAAAAGAUGUCUCUUUAAAGGGCCAGUACACCUAAACAUUAAAAUCAUGUAAUCUCCAUUCAAUGGAAGUGAAUAUAGAUGGGGGCCGUCAAGUUUCAAAACACUACAUUUUCACUAUCUUUAAAGUCAGAGCAUAAGUCCCCAUUUUAUAAAUUCAUACAGGUUUGGAACUGCAUGAGGAAGGUCGUACAAAUGCUGAAUUUUCAUUUUUGGGUAAACUGUCCCUUUAAAUUGUUACAUUUCAUUCCCGAAAAACCCUUUUAUUGGUUACUGUAUUACUGUACAUUUUUUUUUGCAUUUUGAGAUUAUAUUCAGAAAAUAGAAACACUACUUUAAAGCCUUACUGUUAAACAUUUUGGUAUUACAGCAAAAUGUGUACAAUGACACUAAAAGAGACCUAGGCUUGUUAGAUGUUAUUUUUUUGUUUAAUGUUUUUUUAACCUAAUGAAAGGUUUUAAGGUACUCUGUCAUAUAGUGUCUUGUUUCGAUACAUUAUAUAAAAUACAGAUGAAAUCAUUGAUUUUGAAAUGUGCCAGGUAUGUGGAGAGGUACACAAUUGUCUUUAAUGCAUAAGUUUCAUUAUGCAAAACAGGGGCCUGUUUCUUAGCAUGCACAGAAUUGAAGUUUUAAUAUGCAAACUGAUUGUGAGUAAAGAUUUAAGACAGUUUUUGAAUAAACAAUGCAAAAAUAA